AACAGUCAGUCCAACCGCACGCCAGCAAGAGCCGUCCCUCGCAAGGCGGGAGUAUCCCCGCCAAAUCAUGAACAAGGUGGACGAUCGAGUCAGGUCUCCGGGAACAUCACGAUGCCUGACCGCUACCAUGUCGCUCUCCAUCUCGCCCUCUAGCCCCGAAGAACCUGUUACGCUGGUGGAACUGACCAGCGUGCCGGGCGGACAGAAUGCGAUGGCUCACCUCAAAAAGCGGAAGCUGGAAGCAGAGUCGGUCGCGCAGAACCCUAAGCAAACUCAGCAGCAACCACAGCCGCAACAGCAGCAAUUGUUGAUCAGCAAGAAGGGCCUGCAGACGAGCGCGCCGCAAGAGAUGGAGUCGUCGGACGCGGCCGCGAAGCGGAGGAGGAAAAGCAUCCGCGACGAUGACGCGCGAAAGACGAUGGCCGUCGACGUCGUGGUAGAUCCCAACAAAAGCAUACCGCUGCCGCAGAAGAAGCGCGCGUUCGCGUCGGGCAACUCCGGCAGCCCCGCCAGAAAGUCCAGCAAGCACAGUGAGGAGCCCGAGGACGACGAGACGCUUAUAAGGGAAACGGAAGCCGCCCUGAAGAGCUUGUCCGGCAGUUGGCCUGGCCCCAGAGGUUCCUUGUAUCAGAGAGGCAACUCUGACGAGGACAGAUACGAGUCGAACUUUGAGAAUCUCUUCGAGGAGAAGAAGGAGAACCCGAAGUUGUCGCCCUCGUCGGUGUCGACGUCUUCGAGCACGAGCAACGACACCGGUUGCUCCCUGAAGGACGUCAUCACCCUCCGCGGCCAGCAAGAUCGGUCGAGCAAGAUGCAGCUGCAGAACAAGCAGCAGGACUCGAAGCUGCAGCACCCGGUGAAAACCAAGAGGGAUCUGGACAAUCUGCUGAAGCUGGAGAACGAAUGCGCGGGUAUUCAGUCUCAGGUCGGCAACGCCAAUCAGAACGAACCGUCGAAAAUCCGGCCGGUCUCCGUGCGCUCGCUGUCGAGCAAGGAGAGGAGCGACAGGAGCAUGGUGGGUGUACAUAUCGACUCUCAGGGUAGACAAACCGACAAGUACUCCAGAUACGACCCGCCGGACUUCAACGAGCUGGUCGACGACUCGUCCAACGAGCUGGAAAUCGACAUGUCGGAUCCGACCGCGGACAAAGAGGAAGGCGAUCGAGACAGGCUGAACGACAGGGAGCGCGAGCGGACGUGCAAGAAUGGUCAGUCGCCCCCGAGCAUCGGCCGUCAGCAGCAGCAGCACCAUCAGCACCAGCCGCUCUACUCGAAUUAUCAGAGACAGUACAACGACAGCAACAUGAAAGUCUCGCCUACGGGGACUUCGUCGUCCUCGUCGCCGCCAGCGAGCUCCCCCUUCUCGGCGACGUCUGCCUUCAGGCCGCCCAACACCGACCACACGAAGGCACCGUGUCGCAGCGCUUCUUCAGUGCCAGUCGCCUCCUCGGCGAUCCCCCCGAUCGGUCCGUACCCGGCUUCCGCCACCUUCGUCGGCUACCCGACGCCCGGGCCGACGAUGCCGACGCCGCAGCCGGUCGCCGGUAUCUCGCCCACCACCGAGGACAAACACCCGUCCACGGUGUCGUUGCUGCAGCUCAAGUCCUCGAAGGAAGAGAGCCAUCACGUGACGACGCACGACGUAACCUCGAAUUCCGUGUCGCCCAGCAAGAGUCCGACCGGCGGUCUGCCCUCCGUCACCAGUCCCGACUCCUCCAAGCAGUACACGAUCCUCCAGCCCGCCGGGGUCGGCUCCAGAGCGGCCAGUGCGAUUCAAGAUAUCGCGAGGGAAGGGGUGGUCAGUGUCGCCGCCGUGAGCAGCUGCAGCAGCAACGCGAGCAACGGCAGUGCGAGCAACGUCAACAACGCGAGCGCGAACAGCGGGGUCGGCGGUAAAGCGAGCGCCGGCGGUGGUAGCGGUGCCAAUAACGCCGGCGCGAAUCCUGCCGGGAAUCCGAGCGCAAACAGUAUCGCCAGUAUAACCAUCACGACCGUGUCGACGACCACCACCACGUCCAGUCCGGCCGUCGCCGCCGAUGUGCCUUCCGCGAGCGGCCAGCCGGACAGCGUGAUGAAAAUGCCAGAGAGACCCUUCGACAGUGGCAGACCGGGCAUGUCCAUGUCUCCGUCCAGUCUCGGCAGAGAGGGCAACAAGUGCCCGACCCCAGGCUGCACGGGGCAGGGUCACGUGACCGGACUCUACUCUCACCAUCGCAGUCUUUCCGGAUGUCCACAGAAGGAUAAAUUGACUCCAGAGAUUCUGGCGAUGCAUGAGACUAUAUUGAAAUGCCCGACGCCUGGUUGCAACGGCCGCGGCCAUGUCAGCUCCAAUCGGAACACGCACAGGAGCCUGUCCGGAUGUCCCAUCGCCGCGGCCAAUAAGCAGGCCGCACGCGAGGCACGACACAAGGCUCAAGUGCCGGGAAUACCGCCGGAGUACAUCAGCACGAAUCUCCUACCGCCAUCGAUGGACACGAAGAGCUACUCGCAGUACGGCUCGACGGCGCAGGACACGAAGCCGGUGCUGAGCAGCUUGAGCUACGACUACUACUCGACGACGAAGAACACCGGGAUCAACGUGAAGCCGCCGAAGACGCCCGAGGAGAACAGCACGACGCGGCCCACCAAGGUGCCCAAGACGGAGAACAUGACCCUCAGCAGCAGUUGCUGCAACACCCUCUCCACGAGGAACCAGAACACGGGCGAGCUGCUGGUCCCGAAGACGGAGGACACCGCGUCCUGCCGCGUGAACUCGCCGCCGCCGCCGCCGCCCCCCGCGGUGCGACAGACCUACGAUUCCUACAUGAGCCAAGACUCCAACUCCUCGUCCAUGUCGUCGAUGGACGCGAUGGGCUCCAGGCAGUCCAUAGGCGCGACGAUCCACCACCCCAGCCAGCACCCGACGCACCACGUGCUACCGAUGCAACCGGUCGCCUAUCCGAUGCCGAUGGUGGAGGACACCAGAAUGAGCCAUCAGAUGUCGCAAAGGUCACCGUACGAGCCGACGGCGAUGAUGGCCGCGGCGGCUGCCGCAGCUGCGGCUGCGACCACCACGGAGGACCUCUACCACCACAGGUCGACCGAGCACGCGAGAGCGUACAUGCACCCGGGCGCGAGCAACAUCGCGCGACCGGUAGUCACGUACUCCAACGACAUCGCGGCCGGCAGAGGCUACGAGAACGCGGUGGUGAGCGCGGCCAAUCACCGGCCUUACGAUCCGGGUACCACCGCGACCUACGAGAGAUACGACACGCAGUCGUGCGUGCCGAUACCGUCGCAGCAGCAGCAACAGCAGCAGCAGCAGCAACAGCAGCAGCAGCAGCAGCUCCACUCGAGGGCGAAUAUGUAUUAUCUGGGUCAGACCGGCAUGACGCCGGAGGAGCAGGAGCGGGUUUACCACCAGGAGGCAGCGGCGGCCGCGCAACAGCAUCAGAUGGCGAUGGCCGCCGCUACCGCGGCAGGAAUGAUGAAGACCGAAGAUGGUAACUUGUUCGGAAUCAUCCCCGCGGGUGCUCAAGACUCGGCCGUGACUAAACGUUGCGUCUCUGUGGAUGUUGCAGUGAAGUGUGUUACGGUCGCGCAGGUGCAGCAGAUGCAGAAACCCGGUGGACCGCCCACCUCGCCUGGGGGAUCGGUGAUGGACUUAUCUACCUCCAGUGUUACCUCCACCAGUCCGCAGGCGCCACCCUACGGCUCGAACAGUCUCAGUCCGCAGUAUGGGGGAGGACAAACGGUGGGAAGCAGUCCUCAGGCAGCAGCGAGUCCCCACUUGACGGCCAGCCCUCAAGUCCCUAGUCCUCAGGGCCAGACUCUGGACCUCAGCGUCAACAGACUUCACAGUGGUGCGCCCAGUCCGCAGUACUCCACCGGUCACGGUGAAGCCGUGGCGGUUCCGGUGGGUCCGGGUUUCCCAGCGCCGCGGCCGAUCGAGGAGCAGACCGAGCCCGUUGAUUUCUCAACGGCGAACGAGCCAGUCAAUUUCAGCGGAGGUCCGGGGAUCAGGCCUGUUCCCGGGUUUCCGCCGCCCGGGGUGCACGUGACGGCGUACAGUCGCGAGAGCACGCCCGACAGCGGGGGUUCCCACUACAUGGACGCCUACCGAGAGCCUACUAAUUACGGACCAAUGAGUCCUCAUCCAGGAUACGGGAUGACCGGCGUUCAACCCGAGUAUCCCGGAAACACGUACACCGCUUACCCCACUGCAGGUUACAACUGUGGUGGAACUUACCCGGGUGGCCCGGUGACUUCCGGUUAUCAGAUUCCAGCGGGUUACACCCCGGCACCGUGCUACAGCAUGCCACCCCCGCAACACACGGUUGGACCCCUCGAUAAACCGUCCGGCAAGGACGACAGCCUCUCCGGAUGUCCGCGAGCGGACCGCUCGCAGAUCCAGGCGCAUUCCCAGGAGCUCAAAUGUCCCACGCCGGGCUGCGACGGUUCCGGACACGUCACGGGAAAUUACUCGUCGCACAGGAGUUUGUCCGGUUGUCCGCGAGCCAACAAGCCGAAGAGUAAACCCCGAGAUGGCCAAGAUUCGGAGCCCUUGAGAUGUCCAAUCCCGGGUUGCGACGGGUCCGGCCAUGCCACCGGCAAAUUCCUGUCGCACCGCAGCGCGUCUGGCUGCCCGAUCGCGAACAGGAACAAGAUGCGGGUGCUGGAGUCCGGCGGUACGGUUGAGCAACACAAGGCGGCCGUGGCGGCCGCGACGGCCAUGAAGUUCGAGGGUGUCAAUUGCCCCACGCCCGGAUGCGACGGAAUCGGCCACAUAAACGGCUCUUUCUCGACACACAGAUCCCUGUCGGGCUGCCCGAUAGCCGGCCACGCUGUGAAGAAGCCGAAAUUCGAGGAUAAUAUGAGCAUGUACGGCAAAGGAAUCACCGGGGUAGAAGCCGGUGGUCCGGCUCACGGGGGUGCGGUGGGCACGGGUCAGGGUAACUCGAGCGGUAGCGGGACCGCCGGUGCCCAGAGCGAGGAUCUCUACACACUGGAGGCUGAGAUCACCGAGCUCCAGAGAGAGAACGCCCGGGUCGAGUCGCAGGUCCUACGCCUGCGCUCGGAUAUCACAGCCAUGGAGAAUCAGCUCAAGCACGGCGAAAAGGAAACAUCAACGAUAGCUCAGCGUAACAACAAUCUGACCGAAUACUACCAGUCGCUGCGCGACAACAUGAUCUCCCUGCUAGAGCACGUGCGAAUACCGAACGCCCCGGGCGGACCGCAGGAGAAGAUAGGCCACGAGAACUUCGACAGUUACCUGACGAAGCUGCAGACUCUGUGCACCGCCGACAGCUACUGCACCGACGAAAGCAACCGGCCGAUCUACGAGACGGUGAAGACCGCUCUGCAGGACUUCACGGUCCUGCCGACACCCAUCUGAGACCAUCCUUAAGGCUCGACGAUUGGGUACUGAGAGCAUCGCUCGGAGCUCGCGCGACCCAUAAGCGACUCGUGUUCGUAGUUCACCUCACGUUCACCGAGUGCACCGAGUGAACGAAUGAGAGAGACGCCCCGGCACCGAGACCGCCGCCGGCGUCGAUCGUCACCGAGCUCCGCGCGGGAUCGGCCUACGACCUUGGGAGAAACCCGACUUCGUGACGCGUGAUUCACCGGGAUGCCGCGGCGGCUCGGCCGCGCGACGUCACACGCGUGGAUUUCGGAGUGCGCGCGGGACGCACUCACGUGCCGCAGUCGCGCGACGACGUCGGUGAAAGCCGCUCGCCGGCCGGGCACGCCGACACCGGCGCGCAUAAGCUGUCCUGUCAGUGAGCGCUGUAACGGCAUCUAAACCGGAUGACGGCUCCGUGAGCAUCCAUCCGAGCUAUAAGCUUGACGGACUGUUAUUCUACUAUGCGCGGAGCGACGUUGCUCAUUAGCGAUAUAUCUUUUGUACAUAAUGAAUGAAUCUACGUCUCAAGAGUAUCACGAUCGACGGGUCGCGACGCCGGCCGCCGCCGCUGCCGUCGUCGUCGUCUCGUAGUGUAAAUACACACAGGCAUACACACACGCGCAUAUAUACACACACACAACGGGAGAGGAAUGCAUUUAUAUAUUAUUCGACGGGUCGAUGGUUAACGCUCUAAGUCGUGUAAAGAGGAAAAAUGAAAAAAGAACAAGAUUGACCUUAGCUGUAUAUCGGGAUUCUUGCACUUUGCCGCUGUGUAACUGUUAUUACCGGGUUUCGAGCGAUCGGCGCGCGCGAGACUUACGAGGGCCGGCGUGUCCACCCAAUGACGCUUCUGCUGAACCGAGGGCUACUUAUAAAGCAAGUUUAUCGGCUAACCAUUUACCAGCUAGUCACUAUUAUUAUUAUUAUGAUUAUUACUACUACUACUAUUAUUACUACUUACUGUAACUGUUACCAAACCAAAGCCGGAUCGUUUUUAGCGAUUAAUCCAAUCGUCACAUUAUUGCUACCACUACUCUUACUACUGUCGAUAAAGUAUAGUCACGAGUAUACCAAUGCAUUUAUAUAAUAUUAACGAGUCUACGAGAGAAAAGUGCGACGCGUUGUGUCCAUAGGUUGUACAUAUAGUCACAGAGAUAUACAAUUAUUAUUAGGCGUGAGAGUCGCUGGCGAUAAUGAGCUGCGAUUUCGGUGGGGCGAGGAGAAAGAGAGACGCGGUGAGAGGGGGAGGGAGAAAGAGUAGAAAAGGAAAGACGUGUACGCGGGAUUAAGAAGGGACGGACUCUUCUUCAUCGAUAGAUGUCGAUGGCAAACAUGAUGCAAUGUUCGAAUUUAUAACUGUCCGAGGCGAAUCGCGGGUGAUCCGCAGACGAUCAUUCAAGGACUGCGGUAAAGGGCGUCGAGGUUGAGCGUGUCCCUUCGGGACACGCGACACGGCCGAUUCGGUCGGAGGAUACUCGUUCGUACGUGCAAUAAUUGUAGGAUGCGUCGCAUUCUCUCCUGUACAUUCGCGAAUUACUUGCCGCACCGUGAGAGAUCCACGUGUACAUUUUGCAUCGGCGCGGUUGUUACUGUUUCGUUGAUCACACAAUUUACGUUGCUAUUUAUUAUGAUUAUUAUUACUAUUAUUGCGCUCGUUCGUUUCGCUGCUGGAUCGAGAAACGAGGGGAAAGCUACGAGAAUCUGUAAAUACCGAAAGUGUCCGGAGCGCGCGAGUCGUAGGAAUCGUCGCUUCUCGUAGGAACUGCAAUUAGAAUUACGGGUGUUAUUAUUAUUAUUAUUAUUCACGGGUUUCACGCCCGGAACUUUCGUUUUCGCGCUGGCUGACCUUUCACACCCACGUCGAUCGACAUGGAUGCGAGGGAACGAGGAAAACAUCGAGACGUUUCAACGACGUUGCGAGCGUACGUUCCGUCGAUCACGAAUCGGAACGACUAGGAGUAACAAAAGAGAGUACGUGUCCGCGUGAAAACGGUGCCGUCGGAGAUUUUAUCGACUCAUUACUCUAAUCUACAGUAAUUGAUACCACUGGCAAAAUAUACGGCGCGUUAUCGCGGUGGUGACAUAACGCGUGAGAUAUUUUUAAUAUUCUUAUUCCGAGCUGUUAUCGCAAUGAGACACGCGGUGCCGGUGAUAAAGUAGCAGACAUGUCGAUCGGUGAUAAUCAGUGAUUGCCGGCGUAAGGCUGCAUUACGUUAAGAUUAUGCUGAGUUAGGCUCCAAAUGUGGGUACGAGAUGUGUUGUACAUAGAGAAAUCGGGAAACGGAAGUUACGGAGGAAUUAAUUGUUCGCCUGUGAGGCCGACGAGGUGUCGGGGAGGAAAGCAUGCAGAAGUAAAUAUACUUUAACCAACCACCGUGUAGUGAGAGAAAUAAUAAACUAAAGAUAGCGAUAGUCGACCGACAAUUACGAAUAAUCUCGACGUUAUAAUUAUUCUUGUCACUAUCAUUAUCAUUAUAAUUACGGUUAUUACUGUCACUAUCGUCAGGCGAUUCUUUUAUUUUAGCGCGAUUAUGGCGAGUACGAAGAAGGUGGAUAAACGAGCGAAUGUGGGAUGAAUAGAUUAACCAACAAUUGACAGUGUGACUACAUUUUGACUUUCCCGCAUCACCUCCCGCGUUCCGUUGCAAUAUCAUUGAUAUACUCGGCGGUAUCAUCAUUCGUAUCAUUAUCGUCGUCAUCUACUAGUCAUGUGUGUGAUCAUUACUGUUAAUAAUACGAUGAUUAUGAUUAUGAUUUCUAUUAUCAGCAUUAGUUUGAUUAUUAUUAUUAUUAUUAUAUUAUGAUUGCUAUUGAUAGCUUUCAAUUUAUCUCCAUCUCUAUUGCCGUUACGUUUCUAUUAUCAUUGCGAUUAUGAUUGUUGCCGUUAAUGAAAUUCUACAGGUACAUAAGUUCAAUAACAUGCUUUAAGUAAGUAU